UGUAUCGAGAAAGCCACUUGUGUGUUACGGAGUUUUUCAUCUGUUUCAUCGUUGUGCAGUGAUAGGCUACCACGAUGGGCCCGGUGCUGGGAAUUAUUUUCUUUGCCUUGUUAUCUCUUGGGGUUUCCCAAGAGUCAACUAGUCCGGAAGAUAUCAACGAGAAAACAAAUACUGUAGACCCCCCGCCAUCUGUUCGGCUCGAUCCUUACAUUCGAAAAGCUUUAUUGAAAGCUCUUACUGAUCUAGAAGAUAGUGAAAGUUUUACCGUUGCAGAUUCUACAGAUGAAACUUUUCCUAUUGACUCCGAUAUUUUAAAUACAAGGGAGGACGUUAGAGUUGGAGAGGCUAACAAAGAUAAUAUAAAAAUUCAUUCUUUUGUUGUUAAUGGGCAAGCAGCUUUUGCUAAUACUUCUAAUACCAGUCCAACAUUUAUAGACGAUAAAAUAUCCAUUUUAGGCACAACGGUCGGCAAUGUUGAAAAUUAUGUUACUGCCACCCUUCCCACACAAUCAACGUUUAGUGAAAUAUUUCAGACUAGAGAAAGUGGCGUUAAUUUACAACAAGUCCGAAGCAUACAAAGCACAACUAAAUCUAAAACCGAUAUAGCGCACAAUAAAUAUGUAACUUUAAAACCAAAAAGUACUGUAAGUACAACAACAACUAAAACAACAACGACAACGACCACGCCAAAACCAACCCACAACGACGAUGGAGAAAAUAUUGAAGAUGUUGAUAAAAAGGAUGUUCAAGUUUUUCAAGCUCCUUUAGUGGCAGCUUUUACCGUGCAUCAAGAUGCAGAUGGCGUUCCAAAAAAAGUUAUACCAAUAUAUCAACAGACUACCAAUCAAGAUAUUUUGAAAGCUUCGCCUACGUCAAAUGUGUUGACACAGAAGCUACCUAUCGAAAGUUUUCCAAAUAUACCAUCAUCAGAAUUUAUAAAUCACCAACUGUCAUUACAGAAGCAGUUGGAAGAAAAGCAGAGAAUACUAGAAGAGCAACUUCGAUUUUUACAAAUACAACAGCGGCAACAAGAAGAGUUGCUAAGAAAUCAACAACUUUUUUUCCAACAGAAAGAAGCCCUAAGACAUCAAUCGUUGUUCGAACAAGAACAAUUGAAAAGACAACAAAUUCUCAUAGAACAACAGAAAAUUUCCUCUAAUCAAAUAAAUAAUAAAUUUGCUGUACAUAAGAAUACCCCACAAAGCCAUUUAAAUCCAAAUAAUGCACUUCGUCCUCAAAAAUCUCAAGUGUCAAUUCAACCAAGUCUGUCUUUUGAUCAGUCUAGUACAUUAGCAGCACAUCAGCAACUACCAAAUAAAGAAGCGGUAGAUUUUCUCAUAAAUUUACGUAGACAACAUCCUGAUCAAUUUCCGUUGCAAGAAAAUCAUCUUCCGCAGGGAAUAGGCAGCUUUUUGCAACCUAAUCCCAUUCAGAGCUUUCAUCAAGCUUCAAGUAUACAGCUUUCUAAUCAAAUAAGACCUACUGAUGAUCAGUUGAGACAAAAACAAGGAAAUCGAGUAUUUCGUCAUGAAAGUGGAGUCGGGAACUUCGGAAUAAAUUCUCAAAAUUACAAUAGGUUCAAUGAUGCACCUUUUAGAAAUCACUUUUUGCCAGGGAAUAGAUUUAAUCCUGAUGCGGAAUUAAAACAUUUAUUAGCUCAAACUAAUCUUAACUCAAGGGCUCAUGACGACUUGAAUAUAGUGUCUAAGGUAUUAUCUUUGAACCAUGGAAUUCCGAUAAAUAAUGUUUCAAAUAGACUACCAUUUGAUAGCCGAAGACAAAAAAGAACUUCCUAACAAAUUAUAAGUAAGUUCAAAUAGUUGCAAAGUAAUUAUAUGAGGCUCAUAACUUUAAGAAACCUUUAGAAAUAUGAGUACCUGUGAAAGUAUGAGACUACCCUUAUUAUUCUGAGAAUAUGAUAAGUUUAGAGAUAAGUUAAUAUUACAGAGCGUCAUUAUGCAGCAGAAUCUGGAACAUUGUUUUUUGAACAAACAAUCCAAAGAAAACCCAUUGAAAUGGUUUUGUAUUUUUGUUUCUAUUCAGUCAAUCGUUCAUGUUUCGUGUUACUCAUAUAAAGUAGAUUUUAUUUAUUUUGCACUAUUUAUGGAGGAAGUAAAAGCUAUCAUUACAUAUCUAUAAUAUGUUUUAGUAGGCACUACCUAGGUAUAGUUAUUUACUUAGUAUUUGAUUGGAAUUUUGUUCAAAUAUUAAAAUAUAGAUUAAAUUCGUUUUUAAACAAUUAAUUUAUUUAACAUAUUACAAUAAUGCCAUAAGUAGUUAACAAAGUAGGUACCGGUAGGUGUAGUUAGUUUUAAAAAUUGUAGUAAAUUAGGAUUAGUAAAGAUGGGUACCUACCUAAUUAGGUAGGUACUGAGAGUUUUAUUUUAAUUAUUUCAAUAAGUUAACUGCAAUCUGAGCUGGCUGGUGGCAAAUGGCUGGUCUUGAAGUCUGUGAUGGCAGCGGGC